AUGCUCCUCAAGUCCCUCCUCCCAACCCUCUCCCUCCUCCUCCUCUCAACCCACGCAACCAUCACCCCUCCCUCCUCGUUUCCCUUCUCCAACAGCAGCACCACCACCAACGCCACCACACAACAACAACAACAGCAACAACCACCAGCCCACGCAGCCUCCACCACCCCGGCGCCCACCGCCACGCCCGCCGUCCUGCACUGCGACAUCACCUACUGCGUCAACGGCACCUCGUACUGCCACUUCUGGGGCGGCGUCACCACGUGGCAGAAGGAGGGCCCGUCGCCGGGCGAGCUCGUCACCACGCUGGGGGUGUGUAAGCUCGGGAGGGCGAGGACGACGACGACGGCUGCGUGA